AUGUCUCAAGCGCCAUUAGAGGAACAGAAAAGAGCCGUGGCAGCAUCGGCUGCCGCGCAGCAAUCUGACAACGUUGCGCACGCUUUGGCAGGUGCAGGAGGAGGCAUCCUGUCAAUGGUUCUCACUUAUCCUCUUAUAACACUCUCUACCCGCGCGCAAGUCGAAUCGAAGCGCGCUCAGUCCUCAACCCUAGAUGCCGUGCGACAUAUCAUCCAGCGCGAAGGAAUCAGCGGACUCUACGCCGGCCUGAACUCAGCUCUGUUCGGAAUUAGUGUGACAAACUUCGUAUACUAUUACUGGUACGAAUGGACUCGUGCAGCUUUCGAGAAAGCCGCAGAGAAGGCUGGCCGUGCCUCGAAAAAGCUCACUACCGUUGAAUCCAUCAUCGCAGGCGCUAUUGCCGGCAGCGCAACGGUGCUCCUCACAAACCCGAUUUGGGUCGUCAAUACCCGGAUGACGGCCCGUCGGAACAGCGCGGACGAGCAGGAACUACCCGGUGGUGAGAAAUCGAAGAAGUCUAAAUCUACGAUUCAGACUCUUUUGGAUCUGCUCAGGAAUGAGGGGCCUAGUGCCUUGUUCUCUGGCGUGCUUCCAGCAUUGGUUCUGGUGAUCAAUCCAAUUCUUCAAUAUACUAUCUUUGAGCAAUUGAAGAAUGUUUUGGAGCGACGACGACGGAUCACUCCUAAGGAUGCGUUCUAUCUCGGCGCUGUAGGCAAGAUUCUUGCUACGAGUAUCACCUACCCAUAUAUCACUGUUAAGAGUCGUAUGCACGUUGCUGGAAAGAGCGAUGAGCGCCAGACUCUUAACGGAAGCUUGAAGAAGAUUAUCAAAGAGGAGGGAUACACUGGUCUCUACAAAGGUAUCACCCCCAAAGUGACCCAAAGUGCUAUUACUGCUGCAUUUCUCUUUGCUUUCAAGGAUGUGCUUUACGAUGUCAUGGUAGCUGCUCGCCGACGCCGUUCUAUUGGCAAGUAAGGUCAAUGCGAGCUGAAAGCAAACGCUAUUUGAGGCGUGCAUGUUUGCUUCAAGUCGAGAAUGGGGUAGUUCUUGACCUUGAGAUGAGCUGGCCAAUUCUCAAAAUUCCACAGUCACAAAUUGUGAGCUGUGUGACCUUUCCCAAAGAAUUGGUUGCGCUUGUAUCCCAAUAUUUUAGAAGAGAUCGUUCUACCAUAUACCACGAGGCGCAUAAGUUGGCGCAAUGUAUCAAUAGUAUAGUUGUUUGUCCUUGUGACUGGGUAAUA